AUGAGCGGUCCUGAGAAUACCGAACCAUCGACGAUUGCGUCCGGACGGAACGGACAUGGCAUUGAGCGCCGUCCCAGCUGCAGCUCCCAGAACUCUCAGACUGCUAAGGAGUUCAUUGAAUCUCAGAUGCGCCUGGAGGCCGAUGCCCGCGAAGUCCUUCCCUAUUCCUUCAACUCGUGUACACAGAACCUGGGCCCCCUACGGCAGAGUCUCUUCGCCUGCCUAACCUGCAAUCCAACCCCUGCGACACCCGAUGCGCGCUUCACUGCGGCCGGCGUGUGUUAUUCCUGCUCUAUCUCCUGCCAUGGCGAGCACACGCUUGUCGAACUCUUUAACAAACGCAACUUUGUUUGCGACUGCGGAACGACUCGAAUCACUUCAUCCACCCCGUGCACCCUCCGAUCCGAUUCGAAGACUGGCGCAAAAGGUGCUCGGUCAGAGGAGCCGCACCCCGGCAAUCGAUACAAUGAUAACUUCAAGAACAAGUUUUGCGGCUGUGGCGAGGACUAUAAUGCGGAUGAGGAAAAGGGCACCAUGUUUCAGUGUCUUGGCCUAGGAACAGUCGAGACUGGUGGCUGUGGUGAAGACUGGUGGCAUCCAGAAUGCCUUAUCGGUCUCCCACGCGACUGGUACAAGAAUUCGAAGAAGACGGAGAAGGCUGAAAACACUGAGAACGGUAACCACAUUGAACAAGAGGAGGAAGAGGGUGAAUUACCACUACCUCCAAACUUUCCUGCUGAGGAUGACUUCGAGACCUUCCUGUGCUACAAGUGCGUCGAGUCCAAUCCUUGGCUGAAGAAAUACGCUGGGACACCAGGAUUCCUUCCUCCCGUUCUCAAGGACGGAGGGCUACAGACGGUAGUGAAGGACGAGAACCCACCCGCCGCGGAGCCUCCAGCAGCCUCUCCAGAGGAGCAGUCCAUCAACAGCCCCAAGAAACGCAAGGCAGAGGACGAUGAUGAAGACAGCAACAACACCGAGCCCGCCUCAAAACGACCUAAAGAAGAAACCUCAGACACAACAGUACCACCCACCUCCGAAACACCCCAGAUCACCCCAGAAAAGAAACACAAGCACGAAUCACUCCCAACAACUACCCCCUCAGCCCCCUUCUCCCUCUUCUUCAAAGACUCCGACUUCCGCGAGCACUUCUGCCGCUGCCCCUCCUGCUACCCCAACCUCGCUCCGCACCCGCAACUCCGCGAGGAAGAAGAGACCUACGAACCACCUCUCUCAGAGGACGGUGACGGCGACGGUGCGAGAAGCACAGGGACCGGAAGCCUCCUCGACCGCGGCGAGGCAGCGCUCUCCAACGUCGACAGAGUGCGCGCUAUCGAGGGCGCAAUGGUUUACAAUCAUCUCCGCGAUAAAGUAAAAGAGUUUCUCAAGCCCUUCGCAGAGAGCGGCACGGCUGUCGGAGCGGACGAUAUCAAGGCUUACUUUGAGAAGCUGAGGGGGGAUGAGCAACAUAUUAAGGAUGCAGCUGGGAGGGCUUCGGCGUCAGGGAGUGGUGGUGAUGGUGGGGAUGAUGGGAGGAGGGAGCAGAGCGGUUACUGA